CUUCAGCCUGUUCAGUCAUCUCAUUGGUUCUUUGUGAAAUCAUAUUGUGGGCUUUUAGCCAAUCUUAACCCUCCAAACCCGACCAGCAAAAGCUAUGUUUUUUUUUAUCCACUUAAAGCGCCAGGAGGAUGUAUCACUGUGGGCUCCAGCGGGCAACUUAGUGCCCGAGUGUGACUGGUAAUCUGCAAAGUGCUCGGCGGGGGUUACUGUUUCCGCGUCCGUUUCCUAAAUUAUGUGAAGUUGUACAUAUUUUUUUUUGUUAUUAAAACCGGGGGAAAGGCGUAGCUCCAACUCUCUCUUUGCACUUCACUCUAAAAAACGCAACUGAGCUGUCAUCACGUCGCUGCAAGGCACAGAUCGCCGUUACUGCAGAGUAAGCUGGGGACCAAACUGGGAUGUAGAAACAGCUUCACUUCAGGACCAUGAGCAUGGCACUGUCCUGGCUCCAGCAUCUCCUGCCCUGUCCUAACCCGACCAGUAUCACCAGUAUCCACUGUCAGCACACUUCCAGCAGAGCUCUCUGAACGGGACCGUGUGAAGGGUCAUGCUGUCUGGGACUUGGCGGCGUUCUGUAGGGCCCCAGCAUUCUCCUGCAGCACCAGUGAUGACGUCCGCGGGGGUGACGGUGUGCGGGGUCCCCACUGGAACGGUGGUCCUCGAGGCCCAGUAUGACUACAACUACCGCGGGGCUGAUGGACGGCAGGUCUGCAUCAGGGAGGGCGAACGGUUCGUGCUCCUGAAAAAGACCAACAAUGACUGGUGGCAGGUGCGGAGGAUCGGGGCAGCUAGUAAAACAAAGCCACUAUAUGUUCCUGCUACGUAUGUGACAGAGGUGCCAAUCGCCCCGAUGCCCUCGCCGCAGCGCCUGGUCAUGUCUUCCUCGCUGAACUCCAACCUCAGGAUCCUGCCGAGGGUGUCCCUCAGUCCCAGCCCAACAGGAACUAACUACAGUGAGCAUCAUCAAGUGAACAAACCCUUGUACCGCUCAAUGGAAAACCUCAACUCCAACAGUGCCUUCCAGGGUGCCAACAACACCACCGGUACAGGCGGAGGCCGCUUUCCUACGCUUCCCCUCUCUGGAUUUAGCUUUACCCCCAAUUCUCCGAGCUCCACGUCAGGACACCUCAUGGUGCCAGGGUCCCCUGCAGCCUCAGCGCCAGAUACAGCACCAAGGAGCCCCAGGGGGGUGCCCAUGAUCACUCGCAGCCAGAGCUCCAGCAACCUGCCAGAAAACCUGACGGAGAACACUUACGACGAGGUGGGCGGGGGACUCGGCAGUCGCGUCAACCACAGGGUUCCCAAAAAGUCCUGCAGCCAGUGGGACAUGGUGGGAGGGUCAAGCAAGAAAACCCAUCUUCAGGUCCCCACAGAGUCAUAUCUGUCCCAGCUUUCGUGGCAAGACUCCCCUCUUUACAAUGAAAUGCAGCCAGAGAAACGUCUAUCGCAGCAGGAGCCGCCUUGCCCCGCCCCCGGUCAGCAGCCUCUUCAGGCCCUGGACUUGUGGGAGCAGUACUGCGACACAUCCACCGGGAGAAGCUACUACAUCAACACCAUCACCAAGGAGAGGUCGUGGAAACCCCCUCGAAGGGCCCGUGUGCAAACCAACGACAAGGUCAGUACAGUACAACCUCAGACGUUUCCACGGGAAACCAGUCAUCUGUCUCUACCACUUGCUGAAGCUGGCAAUGGAACUAUGCACAGGCUAUCGCCCGAUUUCCUCUUUGGGAACCACCAGAGGAAUAAUGAUUCAGAUUGUCAGAUGAAACAGAGCAUGCAGCGGGCCGUCUCCUCUGACACCCUGAGCACGACAGCGUUCAGCAAAGCCAACAUCCAGUCACAUAACUGUUCCCACCUGCAUGAUGCCAAGCAGCAGCUCAGCCACUCGCAGUCUAUGAUCCUGCCCGAGAACGGCAAGCUGGUCCAGCAGUGCAGAGAUUACUCCUGUAACGUGACCAACAUCGUUGUGGAGCCUCCGUCACCUGAGAGCUCUCCAGACAGCGAAGGCGGCACACCGGAGCUGGAGAAGGCCGGCCUCUUGAACAAGACAAAGAUUGCAGAAGGAGGCCGGAAACUGAGGAAAAACUGGAGCCCUUCGUGGGUGGUGUUGGUCGGGAACAGUCUGGUUUUCUUCAAAGAUCCUAAAUCACAGACGCCUGCCAGCUGGAGACCAGGAAACAGCCGACCAGAGAGCAGCGUGGAUUUAAGGGGAGCAAAGCUGCACUGGGCCAACGAGCUGUCCAGCAAGAAGAAUGUCUUCAGGCUGAGGACAGUGACAGGUAACGAGUUCCUGCUGCAGUCGGAGACGGACUCUCUGAUCAAAGAGUGGUUCAUCACCAUCCAGAGCGUCAUCGACAGGCUGGACCGUGACAACCCGUUAGACAACGUCCUCCUGUACUCCCUGAGGCGAGCGGGCAGCGUGGAGAUGCUGGAGCACAGCGGAGACGAGGAGGACAGGAGAACAUCACUCCCUCGCUCUUCGUCCAACCUGGAGAACACGGAGAAGAAGAGAGUGAAGUCUCGGCUAAAGAAGCUGAUCCUGAAGAGACCCCCUCUGCAGACGCUGCAGGAGAAAGGCCUCAUUAAGGAUCAGGUGUUUGGAUGUCGUCUGGAGAUGCUCUGCGAGAGAGAGAAGAGCACGGUCCCUCGCUUCGUCAGACUUUGCACCGCCGCUGUGGAGAAGAGAGGGCUGGAGACUGAUGGUAUCUACAGAGUGUCGGGAAACCUGGCGGUGAUUCAGAAACUACGUUUCCUGGUGAACCACGAGCGAGCAGUGACUACAGACGGUCGCUACAUGUUCCCAGCGGAGUUUGUACAAGAGGAGAAGCUGAAUUUGGACGAGACUGAUUGGGAAGACAUUCAUGUCAUCACAGGAGCUUUGAAAUUGUUCUUUCGGGAGCUUCCAGAGCCUCUGGUGCCCUUCGGCUUCUUCACUGACAUUGUGGAGACGAUCAAGAUGUCGGACUACUUGGAAAAAGUUCAUCGUCUGAAGUGUCUUGUGCUCAACAUGCCCCCUCCGAACCACGACACGCUGAAGUUUAUGUGUCGCCAUCUCAGACGAGUGUUGGAACACUCAGACACAAACCGAAUGACCACCCAGAACAUUGGCAUCGUGUUCGGGCCAACCCUGAUGCGCCCUGAGCGGGACAAUGGCAACAUGGCGGUGAAUAUGGUUUACCAGAACCAGGCGGUGGAGCUCAUCCUCAGCGAGUUUGACCACAUCUUUGGAAUAAGAGGCCCCUCUUGAUCUUUCUGGACUGAGGGGUCUUUUAAAGCUCCUCCAGAUCAGAAGAAAGCACAAGUAGUGCAGCCGUUCGUCCUCUCUGCCUGUUGACUCGUGUGGUGUAAAAAGGAUUUCACAUCAAAAAGAUAACGACUGGGAAAGGAACCAGGACUGAAAGCUGCUAAUCACGUUCUUGACAUCUGGCCUCCAUUUAAAGCCAUAUUAAACAAUAAUAGUUAAACAAACCAAUUUUAGCUGUGAUACUUGUGUCUUUGACUUCGGAGCCCCAGUGUUCAUCACUGCUGGAACAGUCCCUUUCCCUUGAUGUUUCAGACUUUAUCAGGACUUUAUCAGGAUUUAAAAAAAGCCAUAAAGUGAUUAAUCCCAUCCAGAGGAUCUACGUAGAAAGCAGAUUGUUGUUCACUUGUGUAUCAAGGAAUGUAAGAAAGGAUGUGUCCAAAUGUAGCACAGAAACAAAACUAAGGAGAACCAUCUCACUGUGACAACACAGGCACCGACAGAGGACAGACUUCACCUGCAGCGUGGAUUCACUUUAAAUCAGGAAGAAAGCAGAGAUGUAAAUGUGCUCCUUAAGUUGAAGAUAUAAUAGAUAUAUUUAAUUGGAAAAAUAUUUUAUUGAUAGAAUGAAUGUGCCAAGAGUGCAGAACGUUUUUUCCGGUGUACCAAAAUGUUCUUGUUCAGUGUGUGAACCUUCAGAGCUUCCCCUUAUAUUGUACAAAAACUGGAUUUGUCUUCUAUUUUUAUCAGUGCAAACUCCUCAGAUUAAGUUAAAGUAUAUUGUAAAUAUGUGAAAUAUUGUCAUUGUAGCGCUAUGCAUAUGUUGUUUAACCUAAACGAUACAUAUUUUAGUCAAAGUCAAACUGAUACAUUUGCUUUAAAAUGAACAGCGUGUUGUUGAACUAUCGCCUGGACCUGAUUGUAAACUCUCCUGCAAUAAAAAACAAAACAGAAGUGAACAAUCUUA